AUGGCGCAACUCACAAGAGAUGAGGUUCACACCUACGCCAAGGCCAUGAUAGCUGCCAUCAAGACGCCUGCGUUUCAGGCGCGCGUGCGUGCCGCGAUGAGUCGUGAGCCCACCCCGGCGGAUGCCGAGGCCGUCAUGGAGCGCUACGAAGAAGUACAGGCGGACUACUUCACGAAUCACUACAACGCCGAAGCCGACGAUGUCUGUAGUGGUAUCAGUGCCGGCGAGGGAAACGGUGACACAAGCAGCGCGGGUGGUACCUCCGCGAGUACUCAAGAGGCAUCCGAGACACUGGCCAAGCAGGUGUCCAAUAUGAGCCUCGACAGGGCAAGCGAUGUGCCGACGCUGGACGGUGUCCACAUCGUAGAGCAGUUGAAGAAUGCGGUGUGCGUCUACAAGGAAGCAGAGACGGUGCGGCUCAUCACGCAGCUCUGUUUGCUGAUCGAGUCACAGGUGACGGUACUGCCCGCAACCGUGCCAGCGUUGCAACACCUCUACAACAACUCAGGGCAUGGCGCCCCUACGCUGCAGCAGCUCCAAGGGGCGUCCACGCAGGCCGGCGACGGCCACAACGCUCUACCCGGCAUGAACCCGUCUCCACAGGUAAGGCAAAUGAUGGAAAUGGCGAUGCGAACACUCAGCCCGAAGCAGCGUGAGACCCUCGAGCGGGUGCAGCGAGCGAUGCUGAACGGUAGCCCGCCGUCGCCGGAAGACACACGCGACAUGUUGCUCAUUCAGCGUCAGCUUGGUGCCUUCAUGCAGACCAUUCAACGUUUCGCGCCAACGCCGAACGGCAGAGGUCGUGGCGGCGGUGGGGGGCAAGGUGCUUAG